CGUUAAAACCAGUGCGGCGCGGCGCCGGCGACCAGUUAGCUCCGAGCAGUCGGUGGUGAGCGAGGGUGAGAGUGAACCGACCAGUCAGACCUACACCGGACGCAGACAUGAAGACUGGAGUAUUGUGCGUGGCGGUGGUGACGACGCUGGCCGCGCGGCUGACAUCGGCGGCCUACCGCAGCUCCUGCUUCGGCGGCCGCUGCGGCUUCCAGUCGGGAAACAACGGCUUCCACAGCUUCCAGUCGCGCUUCAGCCAGUCGCAGUUCCCGGGCGGCGGCAGCAGCAGCUACAGCCACCGGUUCGGGCCGGCGCGCUCCCCGUUCGGACCGUCACCUAACCCCUUCGGCCCGUCUCCGGGCGGAUUUAGCUCCGGGGGCCGGUUCGGACCGAACCACUUCGGCUCCAGCCACUUCAGCUCGAGCCGCAGCCGCUUCAGCUCUCCGUCGUUCGGACCGAGUCCGCGGCACUUUGGCUCUCCCAGCCAUUUCAACUCGCCCUCCGGCGGGUUCGGCAGGUUCGGCCGUUUCGGGUCGCACUCGUCGCUGCCUUCUCGGCUGAACGGCAUCAGCGCGGACCAGCAGUACCAGGCACAGCUGGCCACCAGCCGGCAGCUGGCGCACCGCCGCAGGCAGGAGCAGCACCUGAUCCAGAGCCACACCGGCAUCGUCCAGCCGGGCUCACCGUCCGCCGCGCUGGCCGCCGAGAAACGCGCCGACCCCAAGUCCCUGGCGCUGGGUAACCAGGCCCUGCAGCAGAUCCUGUACCUGCAGAACCUGGUCGGCUCCGUGCGCCGGCGGUGAUUUGACCACACAGGUCAGACAUUGUACAGAGAGGCCCAGUGAACCGGAUCGGGUCGUCCGGAGGUCGCCUCUCGUCUCCUUACGGUCCGGGGUGGACCUGGACCAGCCGACUGGUCCGACUGCAAGCCGCGACUCCGAGGCGACAACCGCCCCUCCCCGGGCGCAGGGCUGUGACACAUAAUGUUAGCCAAACUAACCCAAAGUUAGCGAAACUGACACGCAGUGUUAGCGAAACUGACCCAGUGUUAGCCAAACUAACCCAAAGUUAGCGAAACUGACAUGUCGUGCGAAACUGACCCAGUGUUAGCCAAACUGGCAUGUCGUGUUGCGAAGCCCCACGGGCGAUACGCCCGCCCCGAUUGGGCAUCUGCGCACUGCGAAGGGGCAGUGCGGUGUUGUGUGGUCGUGCGCAAUGCGCAUGUCCAUGGAGUCUGUGGGUGACCGAUAUGAGCGGCUGCACGGCCUCGCUGGGCCCUGGUCGGCCGGUGACGGGCUCAGCCACGAACCGACAAGGACACCCCGUAUUUCUGGCUCAGGUAUUGCAGCAUUGUUUUACUGUGACGAUGAGCUCUGUGCCGACGCUGACCAUUUUUAGACAGGUCCGUGCACCUGACUUUUUUAGCGAGGUUAUUUAGCUUUAUGAGUGACCACAGAAACUGACGAAAUAUACGGCACCGUGUGCUA